ACAGCUGUUGGAGAAAAAGCGAAGAAGAACGUGUCCUAUUAGCAUCAACAGCUAUCGUGGCUGAUGUGAGCUGUUGCUUGUCGCUUGAAUUGACAACUUACCGAGAAAUAAUAUCAAGAAGAAGCCCCUCACUUACCAACAAACCAUCACAUCCCUUUAGAAACACUGUAAACACUACCAGCAGCCCUGUGACCCAAGCAAAUGAUGUGCUGCAGUUGAAGAUGGGGGGUAGUGGCUCCAAAUCCAAAGGAUUUUGGUCUUUUUCUGGCUCAAGUAGUGGAGAUGAUCCGGCCAAAGAUGCAAACGAGCAGACACUGACGAGAGUUCGAAGUUUCCCAGGUGCAACGCCUUUUGUGUUUACCAGACGAAGCUCUAUGUUCUUCGAUGAAGAUGGAGAUUUGGCCCACGAGUUCUAUGAAGAAACAAUUGUGACAAAAAAUGGCCGUAAAAAAGCCAAACUGAGAAGGAUUCAAAAAAACCUAACACCUCAGGGGCUUAUAAAGCUGGACCACCCGUGCAUCCAUGUAGAUUUCCCAGUUAUCAUCUGCGAAGCCUGACAGUCUGAGUUUCUCUGAAAAUUCACUGUGUCAACUCCGUCCUGUGGUUUCCUCUGCAGGUGGAAGCACCCCGUUCCACCUCUCGAAAUAAAACGAUCUCUCGAUAUAUCUGAUGCCCUGAUGUGGACAGGCUGAUGCGUUGUGUGCCGAGCCUCUGUGUGUGAUCUUUUGGCUCGAAAGGUUAAGUCACCAGUGGGGAUGUGUAGGGUUGUCAAAUUGGUACAAUCUUCUCAGUUUAUAGAGAUUAGAGUCGGUAUGCAUGCUGGUGUGAUCAUGUGCUGACAAAAAAAAUAUAAAUAUAACUAAAAAACAAUGAAAGAUGAAAGUUUUUUUCUGUUCUUUGCUACAGGUUGUUUUCUUAUGUUUUAUUGAAAUCAAGAAGAUUAAGUAGAAUGUAACCUGUUCUUUUAUUUAUUUUUCUGUUCAUGGUCUUACCUAGAGUGGGGAAGUUUUCCUCUUGUCUGUGUCAUCAUUUCAACUUGCUUUAGUAUGUAUAGACCAGAAUCAGCGUAUGGACAGUAGCCUAGGGAGUUGAUAUACAGUGGCCCUCAAAAAUUUUAAGAUGAAUAAGAUAUAUGUAAUGUUGGAUGGACUGGUCCGUGACCUCAGAGCCGCACAACAAGACAGCAGCAGUGAAUCAAUUAAUAGAUCCUGUUGUUUUCUUUGCUGCUUUAGCAAACUGUGUUUCACAUUUAAUUUAUUCAAACUGUUUGUUUUUUUUUUCAAUUUUUGUUUUUAAUUACAAAUUGAAAUGCUGCAAUGUGUCAUGCUCUUGUUUAUUCUACCCAGCUAUUGUAAUUUUCCACUAUUUUUAAAGUGCAUUUACUCCACAAAUUAAGAAAGUGUAUCAACUUGUCUUCAGUGCCCCCC